GGCGUGUCGCUUGGGACUCACGUGGAAGGGGUGCUCUUAAAAACCUAGCUAGUGAGUUUUGCACAAGUUCAUUUUUAGGCUUUAUCCGUUGCGCCUCUGACUUUCCGUUCCCAAAUGUGUCUAUUUAACACGCAUUACCUCAUUUGCGCUUCUGUCUACUCGCCGCAUUUUUUGUGCUCUCCUUCUUCCAACGAUUUCUUGUCUCGCAUUGCAUCACCUGCACUGGCACAGAAUGCGCGUGUCUCUCCCAGCCGGAUUCAACUCUACUCGCUACUGCGAACUACCUUUGAACUGCUGAAAAUUUCAACACUCGCCUGCUCAUUAAAUGCCCAGUGCGAGGCUUGAGGUUGCCCGCAGUGUUUAUCGCGCUUUGCUUCUGUCCGUGGUGCUGAAAUGCACUAGUCCUCUAAGUAGGCUACUUGGGUUUUACACUAACCAGCUUAGCGUGUUAUCUGUUCUUUCAGAAUAGCUUUUUGAAAUAAUUUGAUAAACAAUUAAAAGCUACCAUCGAUGCGUCUCGCUUCUUCACGAAAUACAAGGAUUCGAAAAAAGAAAUAAAUAAAUUUUCAAUUUGUUUAGACUGUAUCGAUUUUUAUCGAAGGAGUGAGGAGGUAAAGAAGGGAAAAAAAAAAAAACAUUUUGGAGGUAGAGUCUGUCUCCUUCACACAGAACAUCCACAAUAUUUUUUUCUUUUUUAACUUCUAAAAGUCCUCAAGGAAAGUUUUUUUUAAGAGAGGGAUGAAUAUUUCUCAUUUCCUAUUCUGCUUUGGAUUUUCCUCCUGGAUAGAUCGCUAUUAAACCUCACUUCUGCAAGUGCCAUUCACCUCGUAGAGCUUGGUUGAAUACAGAUGAUAAUUUGAAGAGAGGCUUCACAGAAGCAGCAGAGUGGAGAUGGAAGCGUCCACCAACGGCUCCAGUUUUGGAAUCGACUCCCUGCUAUCCCACAGGCCCGGAAGCCCAGUCCUUGCAAAGGGGGACAGUUUGGUGGGGGAAUGCCGUUCCCCACUGGAGUUCAGCCCCAGGUCAGAUUUAGAGAGCGGUUGUUCUUCUCCUCCGUCCCCGAGGCGAGAGUGCGGUGAGGAUGCGGCGCAAAGACAGGGUCACCCCCUCGUGCUUGCGUCCCAUUUGCAGCACGGGCCGAUCUCCGUUGGAUCGCAACCUCGGACUGUCACGUCAUCCUUCUUAAUAAGAGAUAUUCUGGCUGACUGCAAACCUUUAGCGGCUUGUGCACCUUACUCCAGUAACGGCCAGCCGACACAGGAGACAGGGAGGUUGGCAUCCAAAAUCGCAGAAGACUACAUUGAAAAGAUCCACAGUAACUCAUCGUCAGACAGUGAAUACAAAGUAAAAGAGGAGGGCGACAGGGAGAUCUCGAGCAGCAGAGACAGCCCACAUGUCCGUCUGAAGAAGCCAAGGAAAGCGCGGACAGCUUUCACUGACCAUCAGCUCGCUCAGCUGGAGCGCAGUUUUGAGCGUCAGAAGUACCUGAGUGUGCAGGACAGAAUGGAACUAGCAGCAUCUCUCAACCUGACCGACACGCAGGUCAAAACCUGGUACCAGAACAGGAGGACAAAGUGGAAGAGGCAAACGGCAGUCGGACUUGAAUUGUUGGCGGAAGCUGGGAAUUAUUCUGCCCUGCAAAGGAUGUUCCCCUCGCCGUAUUUCUACCCUCAAAGCCUGAUGUCGAAUCUGGACCCUGGAGCAGCGCUCUUCUUAUACAGGGGACCUUCGGCGCCCCCGCCGGCGCUGCAGCGUCCUCUCGUUCCCCGGAUUCUCCUGCACGGUCUACAGGGCGCCAACGAGCCGCCGCCUCUGCCCCCUCUAUCCGGUGUGCUACCCAGACCGACACCACCACGAUGAACGGCAUGUUUUGGACUCAUUUCAAUACAUGGCAGCUUAUAAACGAUUUUACUGGUGACGAAGUAUUCGAGAUAUAUUACUAAGCCACAAAAACAAAACCUGAUACACGAAAAGUGUUUAGAGACAUUUUGCAAAUGAUGAGGACCACUUAUUUCAUUAUUUAUUUUUAUGUUUUUUUUUACUUAUAUGUUUAUAUUCGUUUACAUUAGUUGUUAAAUCUGGAGAACACAUAUGCAGACCGUUAUAUAGCUACAGACUGCAAUAAUAACGGGACAACUACAGGGUUCACAAAAUUAUUAUUAUUAUUAUUAUUAUUAUUAUUAUUAAACUAAAAAUGUUCAAACUAGGUAAGAAUUUUUGAAUCCCUGACGCACAUAAUAUUUAAAUGGCAGAUUUGUAGUGAAACUAUCCUGAGAUGAAAUCCAGGUCAUAAGUAAAUCGUGGGCUUUCUAAAUGUACAAAGAAAAAUAGGUGUAAAUAAGAAUAUUUUGUUUUAUGUUCAAAGACAAAUCUUGAAUUUUCUCUCUUUUUGCAUCAUAUUUCCAAGCCUCAUGUUAACAAGUGAUAUUGAUGUGAGCAGCACAUUUAAAAUCAAAUGACUCUACAAAAAUGAAAAGAAAAUAAGUACUAUGUCACUUUUACAUUUGAUAAACAUGUUGUAAGUAACAGAGCUAAAUGGGUUGGAGUGCUACCGAAACAGGACAAGCAGUUUACUAGUGGUAUGAUGGACGAGAUGGAUUAUUAAUCGAUUAUUAAUCGAUUAUUUUUGUGCUGCUUUUUCCUUUUCUGUAUUCCUACACAACUGCCAGCAAAACUACUUGUGCGUGAUGAGUGUAUGAAGGGGCGCGGUGGCCACCCAAAAAAAUACAAUAUCAUUUUGAUGAUGAUGGAAAAAGCCAAGUUCUCCUUUCAGGUCACUUGUGAUCAAUAAGAUGUGAAUUAAAUGACAGGCUCUUCCUCGUCCAUUACCAGCCUUGGUAUCCUGCCUACACAAACCCCAUGUAACCGCAAGUGUUAGAUCGGGCAUUGUGCAUCUCUGUAUAAAGCCGUUGAAAUAUCUUGUCAUUCUUUCUGGUGAAGCUGUAUAUUGAGAAUAAUGAUUUGUGAAGUAAUGAUUCUCGUAUUUCUAAAUGAUUUUCGUUCGUGCCCCCGUGUGCUUAGCGGUGUAAACUUCUUGAAAACUUUUAAAACUGCUGGAUGUGCAGGGGAGGGUGGUCUUUAAGCAAGGAGGAUUACUUUUAUAAAUGUGCUAAUAAAGAUCUUUCAUUAAUUUACCACUGACUGAGAAUGUGGAAGUAGCCUAUACAAACGUGGGGUAAAUACACACCGGUGUUCUCAUAGACUGUUCAAUUAAGUUAAACCAACAGCCAGUUUAAAGGGUAUGCCGGUGCAUAAUGCCCGUGCAGGUCUGAACAUCUACACACAAAAAUAUAUGAAUGAAAAAAGGGGGUUAUUUAAUUGUAUAAGUUACAAAAGACUUCUGCAACAAGAUAAUGGAACAUGCUCUUAUUGCAUACUUUUUUCCCCUCACGGGAAGUCCCUUGUACAGUACAUGAAAUUUAACAGAAGUAAUGCCAAUCUGACUUCUUGAGAAAUUCACAUGCAAUAUAUGUACAAUAAUCAUUUAUUUUGCAUGCAACUUUAAGGUAAAUUUAUAGUAAUUCCAAACAAUUACAGAAGCCUUAUUAAAAUAUAUAUAUAUUACACACACACACACACACACACACACACACAUAUAUAUAUAUAUAACAAUAGCCUAAAUUACCGUUCAGACAAAAUUAUAAAGAAGAAUUCAUUUGGAUGUAAUUUAAUGACUUAUUUGUAGAUCCUGGCGCUCUUCUUACAUGAAAACUGUAAAGACUAAAGCUCAAUAUUGAAUAAUUGAAUAAAAAAGAAGGAAAAUAUUUAGACCAAAAAAACGAACUAAGUUACUGCAUUUAUAAUGUAUAUUCUGUCCAGAUUUUCAGUGUAGUUUAAUGAAAAGUAAAAGUUUGCUUAUGAUAAUAACAUAAACAAUGCCACUGAUAGCAAUAUCAUAAAAUUAGAGCUCAGAGAACUCUAUUACUGGCAAGUGUGUUUGAAUAAUUUUAAACAUGACUGUCAGACACUUUGCUCAAACACCACACUAUUUGGCUAGCAUCGUGGAUUUAAUUUGUCGAACCUAUAAAAAAAGUUCAUAAGAACCAAAAGGCACCAAAUGAAGAGAACAUUCGCCAAUCUAACCAUAUGGAAACGAGAGAUUAUCAGAGGGCUUUUGGGAACUAAAUUCUACCUUCAUAUAUUACAAUUUUACGUGAAUGCCUAUUAUUAAUAGGGCAUACCUUAAAUAUCAUUUUGAUGAGGCAGUUUCAUCACCUUACACCUUAGAACUAUGUUCGUGCUGCAUCACUAAAUAUUGCUAAGAAAGGGAAAUUGCAGGUACAAAGAGAUUUGACAUUGGUUGUGGGUGUAUGAUCUCUCUCUCUCUCUCUCUCUCUCUCUUUCUCACACACACACACACACACACACACACACACACACACACACACACACACACACACACACACACACACACACACACACACACACACACGUAGUGUUUCCAUGUUUUAUGGGGACUUUCCAUAGACAUAAUGGUUUUUAUACUGUACAAACUUUAUAUUCUAUCCCCUAAACCUAAACCUCACAGAAAACUUUCUGCAUUUUUACAUUUUCAAAAAACAUAAUUUAGUAUGAUUUAUAAGCUGUUUUCCUCAUGGGGACCGACAAAAUGUCCCCACAAGGUCAAAAUUUUCGGGUUUUACUAUUAUGGGGACAUUUGGUCCCCACAAAGUGAUAAAUACACGCUCACACACACACACACACACACACACACACACACACACACACACGCAUACA